AUGGUAGGAGGAGGCCCUGUUCCUCAAAACACCGCAAUACCUGAAGUACUGACUUACAUCUUCACGCCUGAGUGGAAUGAACAAGACAUCGCAGACCCGAAGUCGAAAUUGCUCUUGGUCCUGCUCAAGCAUCGAAGCACAACCACCCUAACACAGCAGUUUCUCAAGGGGGCUAACGGCAGUCUAGGGGAUCGGGACUUUGUCAAAGGACUUCCGCUUCACAGAGAUGCUCAGACUGGGUUCUUUAUUCUUUUCCAAAAUGACCACACAUAUGGCGACAAACACCGAUCUGUCGACUACCUGAACGUCAUCACAGACCCGUUCUCGCAGUCAAUUCUGUGCGUGAGUGAACCGUUUGGCGAACUCAUCUUCCUACGACAGAUGUCCGUCAUGAAGCUCCUUCAUCUCUUCAUCUUCACCGCACUCAGUGACAUGGGAUCAAGCUACAUUCCUUCCAUAUGGGGCAAACUGAGAGAAAGACCAACUGAAAACCCAAACAUGGCGUCUUGCGAUCUGAACUGCUACAAGAAACAACAGAAUACACCGUCGCAAACCCUGAGCUCACAUCGCAGCAUCGAACAGCCGAACCAAACCUCAGUACUGCCAGGCACAAAGACCGGCACCAAAGAGUUAUGCAAAGAGAGCUCUGCAUCGAUCUCGCACAAACUGUCAUCAGACCCAGUCAGAGACCCUCCGAAGAAAAACCUUGGCAACGACAACGUUGAGCCUGAGAUCCCUUCGGCAGAUCAUCUUGAGCCAAGCAGCGGCUGCAUCCCAAAGAAAAGUCAGCCAGGCCCCGGCAAAAACACACCAGUUCUCCCACCAGAAGCAGUAAUCAACUCACGAAUUCCAAAGCUUGUAGACUUUUUUACUGGUGCUGUGCACCAAGAAUUUGAAGCCAGCAACUACAGGGAGAGGCUCAAGACUGAUGAAAUGAUGCUCUGUGACUGGGUUCUGAAUUGGUGUUCAACCGCGCCGGAAGGAUUGGCCGACAAAGACGGUCACGUCCUUUUGUCUCGCGCCAAGAGAAGCACGGAAACGCAUCUCGGUAUAUGUCUGUUCGAGGCUAUCCACUUUAUAGACAGAAACAUCAUGACCUGGAACACCAUCCGCACUAUUCUAUAUGUCCUUGCCCAACUUGACCAGGGCAAGAAAGUUGCAAAGAAACGCAGUCGUCUCCUACAAGAGCUGGCCAAUGUCUGCUACAGACACUAUUACGAUCUCCAGAACUUCUUCAGACGCAACAUCCAAUGCGGUAUAGCCCGAAAGUACCGCAGACGACUAGCAGACACAUACGAUGGUUUCGGUACUCCAGUCGUGAUGUUGAAAAACCACCCAAGGGACUUCGUAAAAAGCAACCCGCUGAUGCACUAUUUCCUACGUCUAAGUCAGCCGGAAAUUAAUCCUAUCGAAGCCCUUGACUGCGCUGAAAAGAUCCCCAAGUACAAAGAGGUCUACGCUCAUAAGAUACCUCGCAUGACAGACGGAGAGUCAUCAUCUCUUUACAACCUUACUUUAGUCUCCGGGUUCCUCCGGGACUUACACCAUUACGUCCGAAUGCCGCCAGCCUGUGCCAUCGAGGGCCGGGAGUUCAUCAGCAAGACCGACGACUUAUAUGUCAGCUUUGACAAGCUCAAGUGGCAGUUAAGCGCACCCAAGUAUACCGAAUACCUUUGCAAUAUGGCCAAGGAUCCCUCGCGGAAUCGCGGAGUAAAUCCAAAUCUGCAUUGCAAGGCUCUGGAGGCUAUGGAUGAGCUCGUAGAGACGCGGAUGGGAUCUGUGACCACAGAACUUUACAGAAACGCCAUUCGCGACUGUUUCGGCGAGGCUGCGGAUUUUGAUCUGUCUGAGAUAAAGGUGACCGUGGAAGCUGCCAUCUCCGCUCCUGCGGUUGUCCCUACGUCCGCUCCUGGCGUGGCUAACGAGCAACCCAACCAGCCUACAAAGAAGAAGCGAACAAAAAAGAAGAAGAAGAACACCUCAGCUUCACCCACUUCUCAAGACGAUCCAAACGACAAGGAAGAGAGCGGCAAGGAAGACGAAGCUCCGAUGCCGUCGAUCGAUGAAAUAUGGGAAGACCUCAUGUCCGUCAUGAACGAUGAUGACUCAGAGCAUCUCUCCCAGGAGCGCUCUGUUUCUUCGUUAUCAGAUGACAAUACCGGCCUGGUUAUGGAAGACGACGCGGCCCAUACCCAACCCAUUGAAGACCAGAACCCUGCUUCCGAAGGCUCCAUUACGGACCAAGCAGGUAAAGAGACUCAUGUCACUGCCAAUGACGAGGCGCAUAACGCGGAGGACAGGGGUUGGAACCUUGAUGAUCACGACAUUGAUGAGGCUGCUUCUGACGAAGAAACUGGAGCAGAAGCUGCCGAAGCUGCAAUUCCAGACGUCAACCUCGAUCACGAUGAUGCCAACCCUCCCAAGGAAGUCUUGAAGGUCAGUGCAAGAACGGCAGGGGUCUUUGCUAUGUUGUUCGACAAAAGAAUUCACCGUGGCUCCAUUACCUGGACGAGAUUCGUCGCCGCCUUCGCUGAGAUCGGCUUCUCCGUGGAGAAGAAGAAGAGAUCCGCCAUUGCGUCUAUCCCCCCUUCCGGAACGCCUUGGAACCAGAUCCAGUUCCAUGAGGUCCAUGGUAGGUUAACAAGGGUGGAGGGUUAUCGGUCUCGGAAGAUGGCCAAUCGUCUGACGAGGGCUUACGGGUGGGAUGAGACAACUUUUGUGGUCGGUUGA